CUGCACCGCCUACUGGUUUACUAGUGGUAAUUACUUAGCAUAGCUACUUCAGAGUAACCAGUAUGACUCUUCCUUAACAGGCUAAAAUACAAUUUGCUGGCGUGACGUGCAAGGACUUGCUUGUUCACGACGCGAGGAACAACUAGAGGACGACGACGACGACUAACUCGUCGAUGGUGUAGCAAGAGAGUCGAGAUAAGAUCAAAUAUUUGAAAAAUAGUGUAAUUGACAGUAUAUAUCUGUGACAGACAAAAAAAAAUGAAAGUGCUGUGGGGUUUAAGUGCCCUCCUAUUGUGCUUGAACCGAGCCAAUGCCCAGACAGAUCCCUUAAUUGAAGCUCACCCUGUGGAGGUAUACAACCAGACCUCUGCCGUCCUCUCAUGCAAACUGACCGACCCCCCGUCUGCAGUCAAAGGCCACUACUGGAUGAGGAACGGCAAAGUGAUCGAGUCAUCCAAGCAUAACUCGCCAACUCUCUACACCGAGCACACCUUGGCUAAAAUCGAUUCCCAUUCCGGUGGAUUGUAUGAGUGCGUCUUCCUUUCUGAGCCCGAAGUGAAGACAACCAUUGAAGUCAAAACUGCUCCCCAUGUCUCUGCAUACAAACGCUCUGAGCAUGGUAAUGAGAAGGACAAGGGUGUGCUGGUGUGUGUUAGUUAUGGAUACCCACUGCCCACUGACUGGAAGUGGUACAAACUGGAGGGAGAAGAUAAGACGGCCAUCACCAAUGGUACCGACAGGUAUGAGAUCAAGAGCACCCCCAACAGGACCACCCUGACCAUUGACGACUUGGACAUCGCCAUGGACAUAGGCGACUACAUUUGCUACGGCACGAGUGAGGUCGGCUCGACCUCCGACAAGGUCCACCUGCGCGUCCGCAGCCGGCUGGCCGCCCUCUGGCCCUUCCUGGGCAUAGUGGCCGAGGUCAUCAUCCUGGUCAGCAUCAUCUUCAUCUAUGAGAAGAGGAGAAAGCCUGAUGAGAUCAACGACGAUGAUGACUCAGGAUCUGCUCCCCUGAAGAGUAAUGCUAACACAGACUACAAGAACAAGGACGUCAGGCAAAGGAACUCCAACUGAGAGAAGAUGAGAGAUAUCCUGAUGAUGACCUUCCAGGAUCUAUGAGGGGCAUUGGGUUGUUGAGUGUUACGUAAUAUAGUGCACCCUGUGAUUUUUAAACAACUUUUCAGUGUUAUUGUCUUGAGAAAUUGACUGAAUUUCCUUUAGAUUUUCUAAUAUAUUUCUCUCCAUAUUGUGCUGCCAGGGAACAUGUUUCAGCUUAAGGCCAUGGGAUAAAAAUGGCAUGGUUUUUAUUGCCGUUCUAUAAGUGAAAUCCAACGUUUACAUGAGAAUGAUUGGUGUUUUUUCUGUUUGUUCUUAUGACUUCCUCCACUGUGUGUGUGUAUGUGUAUAUGUAUGUGUGUGUAUAUAUACACACAUACAUAUGUACAUAUAUGUGUGUGUGUAAAUUAUUUUGCCUAGAAGUAAUAAGCAAGCAAGUAUAUUUAACACUGUCAACUGUACCAAAUUGCAGAAUCUUAAUAAAGUUAUUUGAUUUUAAGAGA